CCGACACACAAAAACAUCGCCGCCCUCCACACGCCCGCCAAUCCCAACCUCCAACCGACCCAAUACUCCCCUCCCAUCCCAGCAUCCUUUCCACCACGCUCCUUGAUUCUCUCGCACUUGCGACUGCUCCUCCAUUGACCGACGCAGCUUCAAUCAUCCUUUUCAAAUGCCUUUAUAAUCCCAAUUCUGCUGGUCCGACGUGUAGAGUCGCGUGUGCACCCCACUCCUUCCUACGGCAUUUUUGCUGGGAGAGUGUUUGGUGUUGGGACAGUACUCUCUUAUGGCAGCAGUAUUAAUAUCACCUCCACCUGCGAAAAACACGCUUCUUUCCACCAUGUCGGCGAGGAGAGCUCCUCUCCACAACAAUACCAAUGCCGUCAAUUCUCCCUUUCGUCCCACUGACGCACAAUCCAAGCCAAAACGCUCCUAUGCCACCAUCCAACGCGAGGAGUCCUAUGGCCAGCCACCACCUGCAAAGAAGCAGAUGCUGGAGAACCGACAAGCAUUGAAAACACCACCGCGUCAAAAUAACACUAAUACCCAUUAUACUGCAGAAGGUCGAGUCUUCCGAAAACCAAACAAUGUCCCACAAAGGACCGCAUUUGAACGCAAAUGUGCUGCCACCAGAGUCAAGACACAAUCGCAGCACGCAGAGUCUAGGGAAAAGGGGCAGGAACUUGACACAAUCAGACAAUGGCAGAGGCACUACCGGAAAAUAUUCCCAACAUUUGUGUUCUACUUUGAGAGCAUACCCGAUGACAGCCGAGCCAAAUACACAAAGCAGGUGAUCGCGCUUGGUGGAGUAAGUACUUCUUGUACAUGGUAGAUGUGGAGGAUUCACUAACAAUUGAUCCAGCGAGAAGAGAAGUUCUUUUCCAACGCGGUCACCCACGUUGUGACGACCCGAAGCAUUCCUCCUGAACUUCCAGCAGAAGUAGCAGUGGCGUCCUCAACCACCACUGAGUCUAAUUCCCAGAACAGUCAGCCUCAAACAAUCAAUCCAUCGCUGCUCGAUCGUUCAUCCGAAUCCACAAACGUACAAUCCGACUCCUUUUCCGGAAAAGGAAAAUUUUCAAUCGAUCCUCAACUCAACAGACGGCUAGGAGCUCAUGUACACGAUGUAGAAGUUAGGCGGCAGCAAAACCGUAGCUCAGAUGUUCUUGUUCGGGCGAGGGAAUUGAACAUGAAGAUAUGGGCGCUUGAAAAGUUGCAACGAAUUAUGACUACCAUGUUCGAUACGGAAACAGGCCUUCAAAUACCCCAUGGGCACAACACGCGAAGUAACGCAGCUGGAACAAUUCCCCGAGGCACUGCAGACCUUGCACAAGUCCUUCGCAAUGAAAAAAUAAACGGGCCGUCUGAUCGAGAUCCCACCGUCGCGACAAAGGAACUGUGUAUUUUCAAAGGACCCUACAUAUACAUUUACGAUAUCGACGAGAAGCAACGACCGAUUAUGGUUCGCGAGUAUCCUAAGGUUGCACACAAGGAACUAGGGGAAUGGCCACAGUUUCGUAGUGUUACUGGUGGCAGGUGUCCAUUCGUUGAGGAACCAGAGAGUCGACGAGACGCCGAAAGAGAGAAGGAACAGAUUCGACUCCAGAGGCAAAAGGAAAAGGAGAAGGCUAUGGCACCAAGAGUUACCAGGGCAGCGAGUGCUGGUCAAAAUGCUAAGAUGCAGCCACCAACCUCUUUCAAUAAGCAAGUCAUGACUGAAGCUGACAAUAGUCACAACAAAACUGCCACUGUAUCCUCGAAACAAGCCAACAUAUUCGCUCCAUCCAAGCCGUCCUAUUCACAGCAACGUAACGACUCGGAGGCCUCACGUGGAAAUGCUUUUGUUAGCCGUGCUGGAACGGGACGCCUGCUGGCGGGAGAGCCGGUUGCUUCAGGAUUACAGGCCUCGAACAUCACCUCCGCCAUCCGCUCUCAAAUGAUAUCUUCUACUGCAGCCCAACCUGGAGCUAAAGCUGGAACGAGCAAGGAAGUUCACGGGUUGCAACGAAAGGUUCUGGAGAAAAACAGCGGCGGUCCAGCUUCAUACGGAAUGACUAGCUCUCAUCGUAUGACUGAUUUGAAUGCCGCUGUGAGAGAGGAUCUAGCGGGCCUUGCAGCAAGACGGAAGAAGAAAUUACCACUCAUCGAAGAGGACAAACCAUCCGAGAAUGAGGAGAAUGCAAGAAAAACAGAAGCGACUCGCAAGGCCAAGGCCGUACAGCAGAGAAAAGCAGACAAGCGUGAUCCAAAACCAGGAUAUUGCGAGAAUUGCCAGGACAAGUUCGAUGACUUUGACGAGGUAUGUCUAAUUUCCUGCCAUGUAUGUAAUUUGGUUCUAACUUCCUAUAGCACAUCGCAUCCCGCAAGCACCGAAAGUUCGCCGAAAAGGAUGAAAACUGGGCAGAACUCGAUCAACUCUUGACAAAGUUGGCCAGACCACUGAAAGAAGAGCAAGAUGACUAUUAGUCUUGACUAUUCUGCAAUACCUAACCCUUCACAAUCACUCAAAAACAAACACCAUAAUACCCUCGCUCUGCUUCUCAAUUUGAUUGCUUACCUCAAGGGGUAAUUACCCUAACAUAAUAAUGCCGGCGUUGGGAGGACCUCUGGUUGUCCAAGUCCAUUUAAAAACCACCUGUUUUGCUUCCUGUUGUUUUCUUGCUUACAAUUCUUUUUGCUUUGCAACUAUACCAAGCCUUCUUCUGGCGCAUUUCGGCCUGGUCUGCGUGCAUUUGGGGGUGCUAAGCGGGCAUUUUUCUGGAGUGCAUUUAUACUGGCGUCUUUUCUUUUUCCCUUUUUGUUUUCGUUCUGCUCCGACCCAGUGAGGUCGUUCUGGUGGAGAGUUUUUCCAAAUGUUAUCCAUGUAGAAAGGCUUGCCCGGCAGGUUGGCUGAGAAUUGCGUGUUAGUGUGGAACCUUUGACUUAGAGGGCGGUGGGAGGUGUGGAUGAAACGUGGGUGAAAGAGUAUCAGUAUCUUUUCGCUGUAGAUAUGUGAAAUAGGAAGAUGACUGAAUUGAUCUUGAUAUA